GAUCCACCCAGCCAUUGUGUUGUCGGUUUUUUAGCGCAGUGUUGACGUGAUCACCGCUUCUUUUGCUUUUCCUUCCUUAUCAGAUCUUGUGGAAAUGAAACGUCGAAACCGGCCUAGUACCUUUCCCGCGAAUUGGAAGUAGUAAACCGAUUAAGUGUUUUCUACGUGUCGUUUGAUUAACUCGCCUAUGCUAAUGAAAACAAUAAAAUUAGGGGAUGGAGGUAGAGAUCACACUGAAAAUGGCAGGGGUGUACCAUCAACCACAGAACCGACGGGUACUUCUUUUUAGAAGGGGCAAGUCCGUUGACGCCAUGUGGCCCCCUUGGCACACGGUACAAUAGGCCCAAUCGUGAUAAUCGUCUCCCAAGUCGGUCGUUUGGCUUGACUUCCCUACCUGGACCGUCCGGGUACAUACAUAAUAAUGACUAGGGGUGAUCCUGAUUAUCAUCUUUUUUCAUUUUUUCCCUUAAUUUCCCUACCUCGUCAAUAAACGAGUCCAAUGCCUUCUAUCCUCGUCAGCCCAUCUUCCCAGAACGUGUUCCGUGUACCGAGAGGCUAACACUGUUUGACCCUUGACUCCUUUUCCGUGUCUAUCUCCUUUUUUCCUCUGCUCAAUUUAUAACGCAGCCAGCCGUAGGGAAAAUUCAAAAAGGAAAAAAAAGAGGAGGGAUUAUUAAAAGUUGAUGUUUUUAAGGCCAACAAUUACCAAUUGCCUCCGCAAUCUGAAUGCUUUCUCUGCCGGUCUUUGUCUAACCCCAUCUCUGAAAUACUGCUGCGUGCUCUACUGCAGCGCAACCGCAACGACUCCACGGUUCCACUCAACACCGAUUAAUUCUCCGACAGCAAGAUUCGCCAUGGCAUCGCAAUUUUCCACCAACGUUAGCAUCGGCCGCUCCACCGCCAACCCCUACAAGGUUCUGAUUGCAGGUGGCUGCUAUGGUGGCCUGGCUGCGGUUGUCAACCUGCUUGAAAAGUGUGACACAAUUGAGGACCCGAUUCCCCUUGACAUCACCAUCGUCGAUGAGCGCGAUGGCUUUUACCAUGUAAUCGGCUCGCCCCUAGCAUUGGCUUCCAGCAGUUAUGCUGAGAAGGCCUGGGUAAAAUUCAAGGACAUCCCAAUUCUACAGCGGCCUGAUGUCCGUUUCGUCCACGGCACCGUCAGCAGCGUUGACCCCGAAAGCAAGACGGCAAUUAUCCUCGAACAACCCGAGCGUGCGGAACGUUCCGAGUCUUACGACUUCUUCGUCGCUGCCACCGGCCUUCGUCGCGUCUGGCCUGUCGUGCCUCAAUCUCUUAAGCGUGAUGACUACCUUCAAGAAGCAGGCCGUCAUAUCAAAGCCGUCAUCAACAGCACCGCACCCGUUCUAAUCGUUGGUGGAGGCGCCGUAGGCAUCGAAAUGGCCGCAGAACUCAAAGUGACGCAGCCCCAUGUGCAAGUCACAUUAGCACACUCACGCUCAAAGCUCCUAUCCGCCGAGCCUCUCCCUGAUAACGUCAAGGACUGCGCUCUCGAGCUUACAAAGAACACGGGCGUAGACGUGCUCCUCGAGCACCGUCUCAAGAGCCACGUUCCUAUCACCCGCAAGAACGAGGCUACAGGUGCCGACGAGCAGGUCUUCCAAGUAGAAUUCGAGAACGGACAUAAAAUGCUCGCCAGCCAAGUCGUCCUCGCCAUCUCCCGUAGUGAACCUUCGACUUCUUAUCUACCCACCGCGACACAGACGGAAGAGAAGUACGUCCGUGUGCGGCCAACGCUGCAGUUGUUGAGUGAAGACGGAAAUGAGAUCGCGAACGCGGAUACGCAUUUCGCGAUCGGAGAUUUGAUUCACUGGUCCGGCAUCAAGCGAUGCGGGUCUGCGAUGCACCAGGGUCAUUACGCUGGACUUAACAUCCAUCAGUUGAUGCUACAAGAAUUGCAGGGCAAGGAACCUACCUUCCACAAACUAAAUGAGAUUCCGCCUAUGAUCGGCUUAGCUGUUGGCAAGAACGCGCUGUCGUAUGGCGGUGAAGGUAUGAAGCAUGGUAAACAGAUUAUGGAAUGGUUCUUUGAGGAAGAUUUGGGAUUCAGAAUUGUCUGGGAUCAUCUUCGUCUUGGGGGGACUAAGGCGUAAGAAAAUAAUUCGUUCGGCGCUGUGAUUUUAACAGGGUGUAUCGGCGUUAAUAGAGGAUACUCGGAAAUAGUUACGACCAAGUUCUUUUUUCCACGAUCACAAAUAUUAGAUAGGUCACGAUAGUAUGAUA